AUGGAUUAGGAAAUCAGACCAACACGUUAAAGUAUUCUAAAACGAUAAUCAACUUUUGAUAAUCCUAAUUACAUGGAAGAGAAAGAGAAACAGCAUCAACAGCAUUAGAAUAAUUUAUAAGAAGAUUUGCACGUGCAAAUAGAUACUAGUGUCAAAAUAAUCACUAUUCCUGAGGUUAAUGAUGCAUAAGUGCUGAAGUAAUAGGAUGAAAGUAUAGGAUUAUUAUAUUGUUUAGUUCAUUUUCCACAGAAAGUCAAUAAUUUGUGUGAAGCCGAACUCAUCAAGAUGGCAUUAAAGUAAAGUGAUAUAUUGUAAUAUUAGAAAAUCUUAGAUAUGGGAGGAAGACGAAUAAUGA